AUGGGUGGAGUGAUAAUAGCAGCAGCAGCAGGUGGUUAUUUCUGCUGGGAAAAAUAUAAAACGGGAGCACAAAUGCUUGAUGUAGAAAGAUAUGUCCCAUUAAAGGUUGUGACAAAAGAACAAAUAUCACCUGAUUCUUACCGCUUACGACUGUCAACAAAACAAAUUGACAAAGAAUUUCCUGUUCCGUCAUGCCUGUACAUUAAGGAUGAUACAAUCCAAGUCAUGCGUGCCUACACACCUAUUAAUUCCAACCCAUAUAAGGACGGUUUUGUUGAUUUGGUAGUAAAACGCUAUCCAAAUGGCUCAGUCUCUCGCACAUUAAGUGGCUUUGAACCCCAGGACGAUGUUCACGUGCGCGGUCCAAUGAUAGAAGAAUAUGAGUACAAGGAAAAUACUUUAGACCAAGUUGGCAUGAUUGCAGGAGGUACAGGUAUCGCACCCAUGUUUCAAUUAAUAUGCCGAAUCUUGGAAAAUCCAAACGACAAAACCAGUAUUUGGCUUGUAUACGGAAACAAAAAAUUAGAUGACAUCUUAUUGAAGUCAGAAUUAGAUCAGCUCCAGAAAUCAUACCCGGAUAGAUUAAAAAUUAAGUACGUGCUUGAGUCUCCUCCUAACGAUCAAUAUGAGAAGGGAUACAUCACCAAAGAAAUCGUUCAGGACAUGUUGACAGAUAAAACAGAUAAUCGAAAGAUCUUUGUGUGCGGACCUAGUAAAUUGUUGGAGUUAGUAUGCGGAGAAAGAGCAAGAGAUUAUUCACAAGGACAAGUGACCGGUAUAUUAUCUCAUUUAGGGCUUUCCUCUAAUGAGGUAUGGAAGUUUCAAUAA